CAAGCAGCACUGCGUUGAAAUCCGAAUAUAUCGUCGAUGUAAUCGACAUAUCGAUAUAAUAAGGUUUUCCCACAUCACUAUCGAUUACAUUUCCGAGUUUUAAGGUUUACAAGAAGUGACUAUAAUAAAAUGCAGGGGCUAGGAUUGCAAAGUCUUAAAAAGAAUCCGGCGUUGAUUCCGCUGUAUGUUUGUACGAUUGCCGGAGCAGUUGGAGCUGUUUAUUAUAUGGCUCGCCUAGCAACCAGAAACCCAGACGUUACAUGGAACCGAACAUCCAACCCAGAGCCAUGGCAGGAGUAUAAAAACAAGCAAUACAAGUUUUACUCUCCCAUUAGGGAUUAUUCCAAAACAGAGAGUGCAGCUCCAAAAUAUGAAGAAUAAUGUGUUUUCUAUAGAAACUUAACUACACUGAAUAUGUUAUCAAAAUAAACACAGUUACCGUAUCACAUUA